UCAAACAACUGCUAAUCAGCCAUUUCUAUGUUCAGUUAGCAUUUUGGGGUUUUCUCCAUUUUCGGUUAAUUAGUUCCAACUUCCAAGGAGAGGAGAUAAUUAAUAUGGCACGGAUACGCCUAAUUGAGCACGGGUUGAUGAUUGCGGGUCAUGGGUUCGGGUCCUGGCCGUCGAUGCCGGUAGCAAUCGGGUUAUUCGUGGCGAUUGUAGCUCUGGUGGCAUUAUGCGCCCACCAGCCGGCUAAAGAGAAGCAGAAUUCCAAUACAACGUCGGACAGAACAACGUCGAAGAAGCUAAUGAACAGGACAAUUAGCCGGAACAAGAUCAAUCCGUCGGCGACCCAGAAGAAGAGGGGCGGGGAUGAUCACGCCCACGAAAUUAGGGUAGACGUCAGCGCUCAGGUGCCCCUUCCUUCCUCGACUCCUCUGCCUCCGCCGCCGCCGACCGCGGCGGAGAAGAGGAGGGAGAAAAUCGCGCCGCCAGGGGCACCACAUCGGAAGAACAGUAAGGACUUGAGCGCGAGCAGCAGGAGGAGGGACGGCAGCGGCGGAGGGAGUGAGAAGAAGGGGAAGAUUGGGGCGAAGGUGGCGACGGGAGGGUUCGGGGAAGGCGGGUUGUGGCAGAAAUCGAUACUGAGAGGGGAGAAGUGUCAGCUGCCGGAGUUCUCCGGCGUCAUAUUUUACGACAGCCGAGGGAAUCAAAUCCAGAUAGCGGAAUGAACGAAACGCAGCGUUUUCUGUGGAGCCUUUGUUUGUCUUUUAAGGGCGGAUUCAGUACUGAUUUGGGAAUCCCUUUCUACCGGCGGCAGGGUGGCUAUGACCUUGAAUUUUUCCGUGGAUUUACAGAUUCCCUCUCUUCCGAUGUAUUCUUGUCUACAAUUUUGAUUCAUGUGCCUAAGUUUUUUUCUUCAUAUAUAUGGGCCUUUUUUCCUAUAGUAGUUCCUGGUUUGUGGAUGUUUGUGUCUUUGUAAGAAGCGGACUGGAAAGAAGAGCUACUUUCUUUUUCUUCUUCCUUUGUGUGGCACGAGGGCGACCAAGCUGCAAAAAUAAAAAAUAAAAAGCACCAGACAGUAUGUAAGGAAACAAAAGGGGCUUAGAUAU